AUGGGUGGGUGUGCGGUUGGGCUGUGUAUAAUGUCGCCAAAACGGGAGGUGACGUUUAUGCCAGCAGAAUUGAUGGGCCUCAUACCGCGCUCCGCAGCGAAUUCGGCGUGCCCGGUCAGGAUGCGGGACGGCGUCACGCUGUAUGCCGACGUGUACCGCCCGGACGUGGCGGAUCCGCUGCCGGUGCUGCUGCAGAGGACGCCAUACGACAAGUUCCAAGGAGUGGGUGGCGGCUUGGACGUGCUGCGGGCGGCCUCCCACGGGUACGCGGUGGUGAUCCAGGACACGCGGGGCCGGUAUGCGUCGGAGGGCGAGUUCUACCCAUUCCUGGACGAGCCGAACGACGGGUAUGACACGGUGGCCUGGGCGGCGCGCCUGGCCUGGGGCUUCGCGCUGUCGUGGACGAUGCGGCAGCUGACCAUGGCGAACAUGGGCGCGAUCAGCAGCCGCCACGACGUGCCGGACGGAACCCGGGAAGGCCUGCUGGCGGCGUUCAACGAGCUGGAUUGCGCGUUCCGGCACCAGCCCAUCGUGGAAAUGCCGCACCUGAAGGAGCCGCUGGCGGGGUACUUCUACGACUGGAUCCGGCACUCAAGCAGCGACGAAUACUGGAAGCGUUGGCGGAUCGAGGACCACUAUCCGCACAUCACCACGCCGGCGCUGCACAUGGGCGGCUGGCACGACAUCUUCCUGCUGGGCACGCUGCGAAACUUCGUGGGGAUGCGGAAGCAGGCGGAGAACGCCACGACGAGGGAUGGGCAGCGGCUGAUCGUGGGUCCGUGGCAUCACGGGCCGUUCGGCGAGACCUCCGGCGAGUUCUUCUUCGGUUUGGGCGCGGCCGGAGGGGCCAUCGACACGGACGGGGUCCAGCUGCGGUGGUUCGACCACUGGCUGAAGGGCGAGGAGAACGGGGCCAACAGCGACGCACCGGUGCGGAUCUUCGUGAUGGGCGCGAACGAGUGGCGCAGCGAGCAGGAGUGGCCGCUGGCGCGGACGCAGUACACCGACUACUACCUGCACAGCGAGGGCAAGGCCAACACGGCGUCGGGAGACGGCGGGCUGUCGGUCGACGCGCCGGAGGACGAGGCGGCGGAUGUGUUUCUGUACGACCCGCGGAAUCCGGCGCCAACGCGGGGCGGGGCCCUGUGCUGCGGGGCAUCGUUCGUGCCGGGUGGCGCCUACGACCAGCAGGACAUCGAGGCGCGGAACGACGUGUUGUGCUACACCACGCCGCCGCUGUCGUCGGACUGGAGGUAA